AUGACUCUACACAUAGAAAAAAUUAGGAAACUACAAGCAUAUAAUGAGAGUGAGCAGCGAAAAAUUGAGCAUAUGAAAGAAGAACUAAGAAAACGUAAAGCAGUUAAUGACAAUGCAAGACGCUCGAAAAGAACUAAUCAUAGGUCUAAAGGAGAGGCCAGUUCUAUCCGCGUCAAGUUAAUAGGGAAGCUUGAUAAAAAAUCAUUCCAUGCUUUUGCGGAAACAUUUUACAACUCUAACAACAAAGAAGUAGCAGUGAAAGCAAAUGAACUAUAUUCCUUGUGGGAGACUAAUCUGAGGGAUUUAAACUGGAAUCCAUACGUGCUUAUCCAAAAGGGUGAAACUUGGGAGGAAGCAUUUAAUGAAGAGGAUGAAAAAUUGAAGGGUCUAAAGGUUGAUUGUGGUGAUGAAGUGUAUCAAGCGGUGGUAACUGCGUUAAAAGAGUUGAUGGAGCAUAAUCCCGGUGGUAUGUAUCCAGAACCUGAGUUGUGGAAUGAUACGCAAGGAGAAAUUGCAUCAGUGGAACUGAGUAUAUAUUAA